AUGUCGUCAUCUACGAUAAGGAAUUGGUCAAAGUCGAUCGCUGGAUUCGGCAUGAUCCACCCCUCGCCACGCUGCUUAGACACUGCAGACAUCAUUAUCCUCUGCAUCAAUUUCAGUCACUCCUCUCUCCUCGCGGAUACUCUGGAUAUGUUCCACAACACAUGCGGCUCCCCUCAGCGCAAAAUAAUAGUCGAAAAGUCCACAUUCCCAUUAAACACGUGCACGCAAAUCACACACGCCCUUCUCGCCCACCCCACUCACUUCGAUAUCCUCUCCAUCCCCGAAUUCCUCAGCCAAGGGAGUGCCAUUCGAGACGCCCUUUGCCCCGAUAGAGUGCUUGUUGGCUGCGAUGGGAGCGAGAGUGGCCUGCGGGCGCGCGACACUCUUAUCGGCCUGUAUGCCAACUGGGUGCCGCGCGAGAAAAUUCUCACUCAGUCCAUCUACUCAACGGAGCUGUCUAAAUUGGCAAGCAACGCUCUCCUAGCGCAGCGAAUAUCGUCUAUCAAUUCCUUCACUGCCAUUUGCGAUGCUAGCGGGGCAAACAUAUCUCAACUCACCCACUCGCUAUCCACAGACCGAAGAAUUCGAGGCGAGUACCUCUCUCCCUCCCUCGCCUUCGGUGGCUCGUGUUUGGAGAAGGACCUGCGUAUGCUCGUCUAUCUCUGCGAAUCUCUCAACCUCCACCACGUAGCUCGCUACUGGAACAGUGUGAUUGAGAUGAAUGACUAUCAGUUGCACAGAUUCAUACAACGCGUCAAAGAAAUCGUGGUGGGUAUCGAAUCUGUCAAAAUCACUGUGUUAGGACUCGCUUUCAAAAAAGAUACAGGCGAUCUCCGACUUAGUCCUUCUAUCAGAGUUAUUAAGGAGCUGCUCAGACAGCUUCCCGAUAUACACUUCUCAGUCUACGACCCCGUUGUCACAUCUUGGCAAAUUAUUAAUGAGUUUGAUGCCAGUGAAAAAGUAGAACCGUGUCAGUCGAUAGAUGAAGCAGCAAUCAAUACACAUUGCAUCCUCUUACUAACAAACUGGGAUGAAUUUUAUACCCAAAUCGAUUGGAAUGCGAUUUACCAAAAAAUAAACCCCCCGGGAUGGGUAUUAGAUGGUCAUUUGAUUGUGGAUGUGAAGCAGCUCGAGUUGAUAGGCUACAAGGUGUACCAGAUUGGCCACUAA